AUGUUUGACCCACCGUGGGAAGUAGAAGCUGCGGAGAGUCUCAAUGUGCCAAAAGUUACUCGGUCGUCCAGCAAGCAUGUCGUGGCAAGCGAGAUCCAGCCCACGACAACAUCCCGCCCGACCACAAGCAGCUCUAGCACUCUGAUACUCCAGUCGCCGCCUCGGACAUCCAAUGUCGACCAAGUCAUCCACAAGCACGAAAUCGAGAAGCAAAGAGGAGUCGAGCGUGUCUUCAACAAAGUCCACCAAGACUACGGCACAUACAUCGUCAACAUCAAAGACAUCAACAAAGAGCACCUCACGCUCCUCAUCGGCAACUUCGAGCACCGCUGCAGCGACUUCGGCCACAGCUACGACUGA